AUGGUAAAAUUAACGCCUGAUCUUAUUGCUAAACAAGCACCAGGUCAUAAUAAACGACGUGCCGAUGAAUCCGUUGAACAUUACCUUUCCCGUCUUACACAUUUACCAUUUCAAGAUCGAGUCAUUGAUUCCAUUGAUUUUAUCCCGCCUUGUCGACAACUAACCGUAAUUUAUCUAUAUGAUAAUUUAAUCACAAAAAUUGAGAAUUUUAAUUUUGCUGAAAAUUUAACACAUCUCUAUUUGCAAAAUAAUCGUAUACAAAAAUUAGAAAAUCUUGAUGGUUGUCCGAAAUUACAAAAAUUAUAUAUUGGUGGUAAUCAAAUACAAGUACUUGAAGGUCUUGAGAAAUGUACUCAGUUGUCAGAAGUCUAUGCUGAAAAUCAACGUUUACCUGAAGGUGAAAAACUUCUUUUUGAACCACGAACUCUACAAUGCCUCUCAAGUGUUCUUGAAAUUCUAAAUGUUAGUGGCAAUAAUUUAGAUUCUUUAGUCGAAUUAAGUGGCCUCGAAAAAUUACAAGAACUAGCCGCAAAUAACAAUAAUUUAGAUAAUCUUCGUGAACUCGUACAACUUAUAGGUAUAUGGCCACGUUUAAAACGACUCGAUACAAGUCGAAAUCCAAUGUGUUCAAAAUCACGUUAUCGUGAACGAUUAAUUGUUGUAUCAACAACAUUAGAAAUGCUCGAUGGUAAACAAAUCACAGAUAAUUCAAGACAAUUUUUAAUGAGUUGGAAAGCAUCACGUGAAGCUCAGCAGAUAAGAGAAAAAACCAGAUCAGAUUUGCUUGAUCAAAGAUUCGAUCAUAUGAAUAAUGGUGAUUAUCGUCGUAAUGUAUAUAAAGCAGAUAUUGGUCUUAUAAGAAAAAGUCAAUUCUCCACGGGAGGAAUUCCAGAUGCGGCGCAACAAAUAACAAUAGAGAGAAAAGAUAAACAUCCGAAUUUUCCUGAUCCGAAUAAUUUCAAUGGUACGGGAAUGGCAAAUUCAAAUCAUCAUCAUCAUGCAAUGAGUUGUCAUGAUGCAGCUGAACAAGCUUUUCUUAAAUGA